AUGCCCACCCAGUGCGCCCGCAGAGUCUGGCCCCGGGGAGGGCGCGGGCUUCAGGGACCCUUCCUCUCCCCCGGCGUCCCCUCCACUGCUGCCGCGCCCUCUUUCUCUGAGCUCCUGUUGCUCGGCUGGCGCCUGCCACUACCCGCCGCUGGUACCCAAGCUAGCCCAGCCCCAAUUCCGGAGCCCGCGGAAUUGGAAACCAGACACUCGCCUGGCGAACGCCGGCGAGGGCCAGCCGGGCGACUGCGCCCCUCUUUCCGGGGCGCGCCCAGAAAGGCGGCGGCCCCGCCCCGGCGCUCCGGCCCCUCCUCGCUCCCCGCCCCUGCCCCACCCUCGCUCGGCGCAGCCCUCCGCUCCUGCUGGGGGCGCUGGGCGGGGACCCGGGCGGGGGCCCAGCCCCGACCUCCGUGUUGGAGAUGCCACUUGCUCUCCAUUGUCCUCCAGGAGAGAGCCGAGGAGGGGGUCGCUCGACUGCGCACCCUCACCUACCCCAUUGGUUGGGGCGUGAAUGUGUGUGAGUGUGUGCGUGUGCGUGUGUGUGUGUGUCCCUCCAGCUGCCAGGAGAGUCCUUCCCUUAUUUCACACCGCCCCAUCACCCUUUCCACUCUUCCUGCUUUGCUGAAUCGGCUAACGUUUCCGAGAAGACACUUGACGCAGAGCGAGAGAAAGAACUACGGGCAGAGGAGGUGGAGACCGAUGGCAGUGACCCCGCCAGUCCCUCCUGGGCCUCGAGCUCCGAGGAUUCAAUACUGGGAAGCCGUUCCCUCCCUGGGAGUUGGCCCACGGAGUCUGUUGGGGGGGAUGGUGGCGCGCAAGACCUGUCUCUAG